CUUGAGGCUUAACUUGGACUUGUCUUGAGCGGCUUCAGACUUGACCUGAACUCGCCCUAAUGGCUUAAGACUUGACUUUGAUUUGGACUAGAUGGACGAUACUUGAAUCUGACUUUCUUCAAAGGAUCAGAGACCAUCGUCGUGAAAGUCCUCAGAAAGAUUGGGGAGUCCUUCUUUUAGCAGAAGUGGCGCCACCAUUGACUUCUUCAUUACCUCAAGAUGAGACGCUCAACACGGAGAAAUUCCAGGUCACAAUACACACUGGCUGGCUGGUGGGUCAUUGCAGGUAGGGUGCUGAUAAAGGAUCCCAAAAUUCUGUGUCCAUUCGCAGAAGUCAAACUGUGCAAUUCGAGGAUUCCAAGUCGGGUCCCAUGUCCUCCAAGACAAGUCCAAGUCAUGCCUGGGGUCCAUUGAAACAGGUCAGAGACAAGUUGCAAGUAAUCGUACAAUGGUCCAAGUCAUGUCUCCAGUUCUUUGGAACAAGUCCAAGUCUGGUGCCAAGUCAUUUGGGAUCAGUCGGUCCCAAGUCCUUCUCUACAAGUUUCAGCCUGAAGUGACUCCAGACAAAAGUACAUUUUCAAGUCGUCCAAGUUUUAAAUUCCUCCAGGCCAAGUAAGAUUCAAGUAUCACCCUUCAGGACAAGUCCAAUCAUACCUCUCAAGUUACUGGGGACGAGUCUUGAGUCAAAUCAAAUUGAAGUCCAAGAACUCAUGAGUACUCGGGAGACAUGUCCACGUCUCAAGUUCUUUGUCACAUGUCCAAGUCGUGCCUGGGGUCCGUUAAAGUCAAGCCUGAAGUCAGUUCAGACAGGUCCAAGUCAAGUCAAAAGUAAUUUCAGAAAUGUUCAAAUACACCCCGAGUUGAUAAAGACGCAUCCAAGAUGUCUCAAGUUCUUAGACACUCAAGAUUUAUUUAUUUUUUUGCUUUUGUCAGCUGUUGUUUCAGUGUUUAUAUUCUCACAUCUUUAUGUCUGCCAGACUUCCAGACACACUGAAACAUUAACUGAUGGGCAGCGCGUCCAUCUGUGUGCACAUGUGCCUGGAGGUCAGGGAUCCACUGCUUCUGACGUGUGCACAAGUGAUGAACAACGUGUGUUGAUGCUCCACUGCACAAGACGCGCAGCACGGACGUCUCCGUGCGGACCUUUGCUCCUGCCCGUCCCGUUUAAAACCCAGAAGAACCGGCCUCUCACCGCUCACUGAGGACGCUCAGCAAACAAACUAGUAGCCUGCUGGCUCUCACACACUCACACACUGAAGUUUGUUUGAAAAGAAGUCAACACCUCCGCGACCAUGACCACCUUCGACGACAUCCUGGAGGAAGCCGGGAAGUUCGGCCGCUGCCAGAAGCGGAUCUUCGCCCUGCUCUGCAUGGUGUCCAUGCCCUGGGCCGGCGUGUACGUGGGCAUCGUCUUCCAGGGUUUCACCCCCGAUCACUGGUGCCGAGACCCGGAGGUGGUGGAGAGGAGGCGGGAGUGCGGCUGGAGCCUGGCGGACAGCCGCCGGCUGACGGUGCCGCUGGUGAACAGCUCCGGAGUCCCGCAGCAGAGCACCUGCGAGCAGUACGAGGUGGACUGGAACCGCACCGGGCUCAGCUGCGACUCACAGGAGCUGGACCUGAGCCGAACCCCCACAGCCGGCUGCAAGAACGGCUGGGAGUACGACUACGAGGGGAGGCAGUCCUUUGUUACUGAGUUUGACCUGGUGUGUUCGGAUGCCUGGUUGGUGGAUAUGUACCAGGCCACUCUCAACGUGGGCUUCCUGGUUGGGAGCAUCGCCAUCGGCUACCUGGCUGACAGGUUUGGCAGGAAAAUGAGCUUCCUGAUGUCCAACCUAUUGAACGGGAUCGCAGGAAUCCUGGUGGCCGUGGCUCCAAACUACGUGUCUCUUCUGGUUUUCAGGACGCUGUACGGGUUCGGAGUGAAAGGAGGCUGGGUGGCAGGAUAUGUGCUGAUCACAGAGCUGGUGGGUGUGGAGUACAGACGCACUGUCGGAAUCCUUUACCAGAUGUUAUUCAGCGUCGGCAUCCUCAUCCUCCCUCUGCUCGCCUACUACAUCACUGACUGGCGGUGGCUGCAGGUCGUCAUCACCGUCCCCUACAUCAUCUUCCUGUCCUACUACUGGUUUAUCCCAGAGUCUCCAAGAUGGCUUCUGUCUCAGAACCAGAAGUCCAAAGCUGUGAAGAUCACUGAGGACAUGGCCAAAGAGAACAAGAUGACUCUGUCCAAGAACAUCGAGACUCUGACGGAUGAUAACGCUGACUCCCACACUGUCUCCUUCAUGGACCUCAUCAGAACUCCAAAGAUGAGAAAACACACAUUCAUUCUCAGCUACAACUGGUUCACCAGCGCUGUGGUCUACCAGGGUCUGAUCAUGAGGCUGGGUAUUCUGGAAGGAAACGUCUACAUCGACUUCCUCAUCUCCGGCCUGGUGGAGUUCCCCGCCGCCUUCCUCAUCCUCUUCACCAUCGAACGCAUCGGCAGACGGCUUCCGUUCGCCACCGCCAACAUCAUAGCCGGAACCGCCUGCUUCAUCACUGCGUUCAUUCCUGACAGUAUGUUGUGGUUCAAGACAUUGGUGGCCUGCAUCGGUCGGCUCGGUAUCACCAUGGCCUUUGAGAUGGUGGUGUUUGUUAACACGGAGCUCUACCCAACAUUCGUCAGGAACUUUGGAGUGUCAGUUUGUUCCACUCUGUGUGACGUUGGAGGCAUCGUCGCUCCCUUCCUGCUCUACAGGCUGGCUGUUAUCUGGCUGGAGCUGCCCCUCAUCAUCUUUGGAUCUCUUGCCUUCGUGGCUGGUGGUUUGGUGCUGCUGCUUCCUGAGACGAGGGGUGUGCCGCUGCCCGACACCAUCGACGACAUCGAGUUCCCAGACAGAUGCAAGGAGAAAGCUGCGAUGAAGAACCAGCAGCUGACCAACCUGCUGCCCCAGAGCGACGUAUCGACGAACAAAGAAACAGCAGUGGUUUAAUCUCCCCCCUGUGACCAAAGUAUUUAUUUAUUUUGCUUAACAGUGUUGCUGUAAUUUGUGUUCUUGACCAGACAGUCAGCUACAUUGAAGUUUUCUGUGUUUGUUUGAGACCCUCAUCAGUGCACAGAAUUUGGACUUUAGAUUAACCAUUACUAUGUUUUUAUGUGUUCUUGGAGUUGAGAUAUGUGUUAAGAGAAUGAUUUGUGGACCAGUUAUUACAGAAGUGUAUUAUUAAAUUAUUAAA